AUGGAGAAUUCAGGAGUGUCCUUUAAAAAAGCAGAUAUAUUCAACUGCCUGGUGAGAUCCCACAAAAACCUCUAUGACCCCAGUGAUGCCCUUUACAAGAACCGUGGUAAACAGCAGAGGGCUCGGGAAGAAAUUGGACAUGCAGUUUUCCCAGAUUGGGAGCGAUCGGGUUCUGGGGUCUAUUGGAAAGUCCUUCUUAUGGGGUCACCCAGAGGAUCUGGCACUAUGUGCUGCUGGUUUUACCUGGCACUGCUCCUGCCAUUGGUUGUAGCUGAAAAAUCUUGUCAUAAGAUAAAACUUCCCGUACCUCAUAAUAUUCUUACUGGAUCCUUGGUUGGCACUGUAAAUCUCCAUAACUGCUUGCACCCUAACGAUGCAGUUGCUGGAACAAGCAAUUCUAAAUUUGCAAUUGAACAUGAUGGUUCCACGUACGCCUUAUAUGCCAAAAAACAUGUUAAGAUGCCCAAUCACCCUGUUUCAGUUGGAAUAAUACUCCGGAAUCUAAAUUCCAAAAAGGAAAAGAUUAUUCCAGUAACACUUGUACCUGAAACAAAUGCUGUAAAAGGAAGAUAUACCAGAGAAUUGCUAAGACGAACAAAAAGGAGAUGGAGUCCUAUGCCCAUCAUACAUAAUGAGAACUACCGAGGGAAAUUUCCUUGUUUUCUUGAACGGGUCCAAUCUGACACUCAGGCGAUGUAUGACAUUAUUUACAGUAUUUCAGGACCAGGAGUGGAUUCACCACCUGUGGGUUUGUUUUGGGUUGAUCCCAAAACUGGAGACCUGUACAUCAAUGGCAUAGUGGAUCGGGAAGAAUACCCUUCCUAUCCGCUAAUCGUUUAUGCAACAAGUGUAGAUGGAUUUUCACCUGAGUCUCCUCUGACGUUACCAGUUGUCAUAGAAGAUGAUAAUGAUAAUGCUCCAGUGUUUACUGAAGCAACGUUUUGUGCUGAAGUGUUGGAGCACAGUAAAUCUGGUACUGUUGUGGGAAGAGUUAAUGCCACAGACAGAGAUGAGCCAAAAUCUCGGCACACCCUGCUAAGAUAUUAUCUUAUUAACCAAAUUCCUCCAUCACCUAUCAUGUUUGCCGUGAAUGCGGAGUAUGGCAUAAUCACAACAACUUCAUUGUCAAACAAGCUUGAUAGAGAGACAAUGGACCAGUACACUCUUCUACUUGAAGUGCGUGAUAUGGGUGGCGACAGAGGUUGUUUGUCUUCAACUGGCACCAUGUCUAUAACGGUCCUUGAUAUUAAUGAUUUUGCACCAGUCUUCACACAACAAUCAUAUCAGGCUGAAGUGAAUGAAAAUGAAAGUGGAGUGCUCAUACUAAGAAUCCCCGUAACAGACAAUGACAUGUACAACACUUCAAACUGGAGAGCUGUGUAUAAAAUCACACAAGGAAACGAAAAGAACUUUUUCAAUAUAACUACUGAUCCACAGACAAACGAAGGGCUGCUUCACGUUAUAAAGGGAAUAAACUAUGAAGAAAUCCAAAGUUUUCUACUACAAGUUUCAGUAACUAAUGAAGUAAGCCUGGUAACACAAUCUGGGACAAAAAGCAGUGGUUCUUCUACUGUUCCAGUCAACAUCAUUGUUAAAAAUGUUGAUGAAGGUCCUGAAUGUCAGCCUAGUAUUAAAGAAGUGAAUUUUCAAGAAAAUAAGACAAUUGGUACAAUCGUUACAGAAUAUCUGGCUAUUGAUCCUGAAACUAAAAGUUCUACUGGCAUACGAUACGAGAAGUUGUUAGAUCCACUGGGGUGGGUCAAUGUGGCUGAUAAUGGUCGAAUUUCUACUGCCAAAGUUUUGGACUAUGACUCCAAAGAUGUUCCAAAAAAGUAUAAUAUAACAUUUUUGGCAACUGAUACGUCUAGCAUGACUGGCACCUGUACUCUUGUGAUAAACCUGACGGAUCUUGAUGAAUAUCAACCGAAUCUAGCAAGGAGCGAUGCCACCAUUUGCAGAAAUGGCAGAGCAUAUGACAUCAUUGAAGCAGUUGACAGAGAUGGAAGUGCCACCAAAUUUCCAUACAGAUUUCGAAUAGAUGGCAGCAUAGAUCCAAGGGUUCAGAGCCAGUGGCGCCUUACCCAAGACAAGGAUAAUACCAUGAAAAUUGAAGAUGCUGCUAAUCAUGAAACUGGAGUAUAUACAGUUCCAGUACAGAUAGUGGAUCAUUUAGGUCGUGUCUCAAAUGAAAAUGUGAGAGUUUCAAUAUGUCACUGCCCUGAUGGUCAGAACUGCGCUAGUCAACGUACUAAUUCAAAUACCGCACUUGGAGGGCUGGCAAUUCUUAUAAUGGUUCUGUCAGCACUACUGCUUGCGUUACUUCUCUGUCUUUUGUUGGCAUGCCUGUGUGGAGCUGCGGCGGGCAAGGGCAAUCUGGGUUUUGUUGAUGAUGCAGCACAGCAAAACUUGAUUGUUGCAAAUACAGAAGCACCUGGAGCAGAUGUCAUGGAUCCAAAUUUUAAAGUCCCGAUUUCUAUAAUAAACAGCAAUAAAAGUGGAAAUACUUUUUCUGGUUCAUAUGAUCAGAAUGGUCAGGAAAUGACUCAAAUCAAACAUCAGCAGAUCAAUACUUCAAAAACGAUAGACCACCACCUAAAUGCAGGUGAUGGAAUGGGAACUUUGGGAAGAGGAGGAGGAGUAGGAGGAGGAGGAGUAGGACAUCAAAGGUUUGACUCCAGCAGACAAACCUACGCAGAAUGGCAGACUUUUAUGAACGGUCACCUUGGAGAUAAACUAUACCUGUGCGGACAAAAUGAGGAAAUUAAACAUGGUGAGGAUUAUGUUGUCCCAUACAAUUAUGAAGGAAGAGGAUCAGCAGCUGGUUCUGUAGGUUGUUGCAGUGAAUUUCGAGGAGAUGAAGAUAGGAUGGACUUUUUGAAUCAUCUAGAACCAAAAUUCAAGAGAUUAGCAGAAGUUUGUUCAAAGAAAUGAGUGGUUCCUCAGCAGCCCGUCUU